GUGAACGCCACAGUGGAUGGAACAAAGAAUGACCUUGCCAAAUUGAAGAGAACUACAACAACGCUGAAACACUUCAAUACGUCCCUGAACCAGGUGAACUUUAAGUUGAGAAGAACAAGCAAUGAUCUCUCAGAACUCUAUGGCAUUAUGAUAAAGCUGGAAAAUUACAACUCAUCCUUUAACGAGGUGAAGUCCAACUUGGAAAGAUCAAGAAUUGAUCUAUCACAGCUCAGCAGCACCGUGAUUGAGGUACAAUCUACAUUAAACAGUACAAGCAAUGAUCUGUCGGACCUGAAAAGUUCUGUGACGAAGGUGCAGUCUAGGUCAGAUAGAACCAGCGAUGAUGUCUCGGUACUAAACUGCACAGUUAAUAGGCUCAACAAAGCCAUUCAACGUAAUUUAAACGAGUCGUGCCAGAAUGUUACCUGGAACUCAGCGAGUGAGGAAUGCAAAUUUAAUUGUUGCUGUGCAGCCAAUUCUUGCGAAGAAACACCCCCAGACGUUGAAAGUUGUAAAGAACUGUACAACAGAAAUGGAUCUGACGCCAACAAAGCUUACCCUUUGAGGCUGGGGAAAAAGAUCCUUCCAGUUUACUGUCACAUGACAGCUCUUGAUGGAUGUGGGGGUGGUGGCUGGACUCUGGUAAUGAAGAUGGAUGGUUCCAAGGUAAACCUAAAACGAUGUUGAUAAAAAUG